AUUUAUUAAUGCUGUUCAUAUUACCAAAGACUAACACAAUAGCUAUAGCACGAAAACAUGAUUGAGAAACGCACAGCAUCAUACCCAAAAGGACAAGCAGCGAAUCUUACCUACCCUAAACCUUCCACACCGCCAACAUGCAACGCUCAAACUCAACCGCUUCAAUCAUAUCAAUUCGACUGGAUCAGACACUCGGCGCACACGUAAUUACAUUCACGGGACUUACAUCCGUAUUCUAGACAAUUGGCGAAUUUGAUUGGCUUGGGAGCUUGAAAGCUCACCCUCAGAUGGACCUACAACCUACGGAAAGCUCAACAAAACCUACAAAUGAAUCCGUCUACAAACGAAGCCAGUACAUACAUCCGGAGACAUUCUUUGAGCCGCACUGAAUCCUCUCUCCCGAAAAACACCGAUAAACAUCUUUGUCUUGCAACGCGCCAUCUCCCGGUCCAGCUUCUUGAUAUCGGGUACAACAGCCAGCAUCACAACACCUUUGCACACCCUCAAAUGAUCUACAACACAUUAAUUGAGGCAUAUAGACACGUCGACUUCCCUCCUCCGACAUCCCAUUCCCUCUCGCCACAAUCAGGCCUCGUUCUAUCCCAGGCGGUAAUUCCGCAUCUCAUUCCGCGAAACUGAUUGGACGAACCAAGUGUGAUAUCUCCUACAGCAGCGAGGCCAGAACAACUCAAAAAAGCUACCCCAGAAACCGGUGAGGCCUAGCUACAGAGCGGCCCCGGGGAUCGAGGCCAACGCAGAAUAGCAUACCAUCGAACUUGGUAGCCUCGUGGGCGGGUAAUACAUUAUCGUGGCUAUCUGAGAG